AUACAAAAAUUAUCCCGGCAGAAAAACGAGAGGCAAAGAGGACGGGCCAAGGAGAUCUCGCAAUUCGCGAACGGCUUCGACAAGCCACACGAUUCUCCGAAUCAUAUCCUCUCUCUCUCUCUCUCUCUCUCUCUCUCUCACUUGCGCAGUCUUAUUUGAUUUUAUAUGAUUAUAUCUAACACCAGUUCCAGAUUUCUGUGUUCUGCGAGUUGGAGCCAGCUUUGAACCUGGUUUUGGAGGGAUAGAAUCCCAAGUUUCCUAUCAAGAUGGUGAUUUUCCUAUUACAGGAGUUUGAAUUUCAGAAACCCAGCUGGAAAAUAGCUUGAAAUGGCGUGAAUUGUUUUGGGUGUCUUCGUUUAUUCUGAGUUCCCGUAGAAUUCGACCGUUUUCUUCCUAAAUUUCAAAUACGGGUUCGUGUUUUUCCACUUAAAAGUUGAUUUUAAGAUGCUGUUUGAUUGAAUUUUGUAUUCACUGAGUCGUUUCUUAGUGGAUGUUGACAAUGUGGUGACUGGUGAGGUCUUGGAUUGGUUUAGCUGAUUUGACAAUGUUACCUGUUUGCUCGGCCACCCAAUCGUGUUCUUAUUCACAGAUUUAUUACCAUGCAGGGCUGAGACCCUUCUCAUCCUGGAAAUCUCCUGAAGUCAGAUAUAUUUUUGAAGACAAGGUUCUUUUGGGUACACCUCAUGAACAUUAUCCUCAAGAAGUUUCCUUUAAACUGCAAACUUCAAAUUCUCUCUGUUCCCAUGUAAAUGAAUGGUCAGGACAUCGAGAUUCGACUGAGUUCUUUAACAUCCCUCCUUGCUCAAAUGAAUUAUAUGACAAUGAUGUUGGCCUUUCAAAUAAUUGGAGUUAUUCAGUGGGAGCAGUUAAUGAGACAUACUCCAUAGGCAGGGAGGAUCUGAAUUAUGUAGAAAGUUCAAGUGUAACCGCCCCAGAAAAAGACAGUUUGUUGAACCUUCCUGACCAGUUUAUGCAAAGUAUAGAUCCACCAUCAGGAUUGGAAAGUUCAAGCCUACCUGUACCAGAAAGUGAAAGUCUGUUGAUCCUUCCAGACAAAUUUAGUCAAAGUGCAGGUGUAUUAUCAGGAUCUAAUGCUCCUGAAACCAUAUCAACAGCUGAUGGUACAGUUGGUACCAUGCCAGAGAAUCCAACCUUGGUUUUUAAUUCUCCAAAUGAGGCAGAUACAUUAUCCAAUAUGAAAUCAAAAGUUGAAGAUAUUUUAUCUGGGUUUAAUGCAUCCAUAGAUGCAUCGGUAAAUAAGGGUGAACUUGCCCUGAAAAACACACUCGAUGCAAUUCAAUCAUUUCUAACAGAUACUGCUAAGACUGCUACUGGAGCUGUUGACAAUGCUAUCAAUAAUGUGGUCUCUUCUGUUGAUCAGACAGGAGAAUCAGCUACUAAUAGAUUGAUGGUCUUCUCAGGUGACUUGAAGGAAACUACAACUAGGGUGGGUGUUGUUGCUAUUGACAUCCUUAGACAAACAAUUGUCACUGUGGAUGACUAUUUAACCAGAGGGGCAGACUUUGUUGUUUAUUCUUAUGGAGUUGCCAAGGAUUUGCUUCCUCCAGAAGUCCUGGAUGUCCUAAAUUUAUCUGAAGAGAAAGCUGCAGUCGUCCUGAGGCCUGCUGGGACUGCUUUUAAGCAGGUCUAUGUUGCCAUUGAGGGCUUGGAAAGAAAUCUUGGGCUGGACCCAAGUGAUCCUAUUCUUCCAUUUUUUCUUUUCCUUGGUACUUCAGCCACAUUAGGGGUUUCUUAUUGGUUAUUUAACUAUGGUGGUUAUUCUGGAGAUUUGUCUCCUAAGUUGACUUUGGAGCUCUUGACGGGGGAAGAGAAUGCUGUACUUAUUGAUGUCCGGCCUGAGGAUUUGAGGGAGAGAGAUGGUGUUCCUGAUCUUCGGCGAAGAGCUCGGUUUAGAUAUGCAAGUGUUACUUUACCUGAGAUUGGUGGUUCUGAAAGGAAGUUAGUGAAGAGUGGAAAAGAGCUUGAUGAUGCCAUAGUUGCUGCUGUCAUUCGAAACUUAAAGAUUGUUAGAGACAGGUCCAAGGUCCUAAUUAUGGAUUAUGAUGGUACUCGCUCCAAAGGCAUUGCAAGAUCAUUGAGGAAAUUUGGGGUUAAGAGAACAUACCUGGUUCAAGGUGGCUUUCGUUCUUGGGUGAGAAGUGAUCUCCGCAUUAAAGAGCUGAAACCUGAGACUACACUUACCAUAUUGAAUGAGGAAGCUGAGGCAAUCCUUGAGGACAUCAAACCUUCUCCAUUAGAAAUUUUUGGGUAUGGUGUGGGUUUUGUUGCAGCCCUCUAUGCAUUACUAGAGUGGGAGAAGACACUGCAACUUAUUGGUGUUGUUGGCCUUGGUCAGACUAUCUAUCGACGGUUUUCUUCAUAUGAGGACUCUGAAGAUUUUAAGGAAGAUGUGAGACUCUUGCUCGCUCCUGUUAGACUAGGUGUUCAGGCAUUUUCAUGGGCUACUGGCAAAUUAGAACCAAAUCGCAUUGGCCUGCCAACAUCACCUUCAUCAUCAGCUGUUCAAGAUCGGGUCCUACAGGCAGCAGCAAAACAUGAAUCCCAACCAUCUGAUGCUGGGGAAGUUCAGGAUUCAUCUCGUGAAGCAACACCCCCCAUGAAUGAGAAUGUAGAUCUUUCUGAAGCAUAAAUUUGUGAUUCUGUUCUUGUAUAAUUAUGAUUUUAAGAUUCACAAUGCAAUACAUGGGAUUUGGUUAAAAUGCAGGUGAAGUCUAUUGGGAGGACCAACUUCAGGGAGUUACCAAUGAAAGUCGUUUAUCAGCAUGGAAUUUUGAAUUUAUUUAUUGUAACUAUUAAAAGUCACUGAUAUUGUUACAUAUUUGGGGAUUAUCCAUCUUAAUCCAAAAGAAAUUUGAAGAAAACAAAUGUUUUCCCUGACUUAAGAAUCAGCUCAAAGACUGUUUGACUGCAGACCAAAAUUCAAUGUAUCAGAAACAGAGUAUUGAAAGGCAA